CAUUUAAAUGUUGAUAUUUAACAAGAAAACUUGAUUACGUCAGAUCAAGAAUUAUUAAUUUACAAGAUUUAAAAAUCAAGAAUUGUCAAUCGUUAUCUUAUUAUUAUUUCUUAUGAAAGAAAACGAUAAAUAAAAACUUUCGCGAAAAUUUGCGGAAAUGUGAUUUCCUAGAAAAGGUUAAACUUCACAAUUCGCCGUCAAAACUUUAUCUUGGUGUAAUUGUUACGUACACUUCUCGCUACGGUUGGAGUAAAGUGAAUACACGCUCACGCGGCACGCCUGGGAGGAAGCGAGAGGAGGAACGGGAAAAGUGCAGAAAAUGCAAAUGAGGGGAACAGGCGGAGCGUCGAGUUACGUACGAGAGGUUUGACGUCGCGGUGUCGUCCGGUGCGCCUAGUCAAGAGAGAGAGUUGCCGUCCUGGAGGUACGUCGUCGCUCGCGGCAGGACGGGUUAUAAUCCGUCGACGUAAACCUGACACGUACGAUCCACGAAGAUAUUUCAAGUCGCGCGAUCGUUCUCGUUCGCGGCGCGAACCUGCAAAUAUCACGUCGGCAUUUCCUUCGAGAACGAUGACGCCGAGGAAGGCGUGAAUGACGGCACUGGUGCACGGCGUUUCGGAGCACCUGCCCAGCACAUCGCGCCGAACACGUCGCCAGUGUCACUGGAUGCUCCAAUCUUGCGGCGAGGAUCGAGGCUGCGGGAGCGAGCAACGAUGCCCAACGGAGCGAAUUUGGGGUAUACCUGCUUAAAUGAUCUCGUGAAGCAGGCGAGAGUCAAUUAUGCGGGGAAGGAACCGCGCAGCGUGUACCAGAGGCUUCCCACUAUGCGCCAGAAGUUCGAGGUGGCGAAGAGGAACGGUGACGACGAGACUGCAUAUAUCUUCUCGAAGAGAUGGCUGGACACGGUCGAGUGGCUGAAGAAAACUCAGGAUUACAAGGACGGCAAGUCCAUCUCCACCAACAUGACCGUCGAUCAGAUAAAUGAAGUGAAAAACAUACUUGCAGACUUGAGGCAAAAGUUAGAGAUACGCUAUGAGCAUAGUUCCAGGAAGCACAACGACGCGGUGGAGAAAAUGGAGGUGGACACGGACGGAGUGGAUGCGGCAAAGGCCUACGCGCCGAGUGGCGAUAUUAGCUUGAAAUUACCAGAGACCCCGACUGACGAUCCUCUGUACGGCGACAGUGACAACUUUAUAUCGUGCAAUCAAUUGUAUUCUCUAUCGCAAAAAAAUAACAGCAAGUAUUUGAUCAUCGACGUCAGGCAGAAGGCUCACUAUGACAGUUCCAAAAUGACGUUCAACAAGUGCAUCAACAUUCCACAAUCGGAAAUUAAACCGGGAAAGCUGGGCUACAAGUUCGCGAAUUGCUUUCAUAAGGACAAGCAGUCACUCGAUUUAUUUAAGCAUCGGUCGGCGCAGUACGUGGACGUAAUAAUCCUGGUGGACUGGAACACUACGCAGGAAACUUUGACGAUCAGCACUUAUCUGAACAUACUGAAGGACAUUUUCGAGAAAUGGGAUCCCGGCACAAAGUAUAAGAAGAUCAAGAUUCUCAACGGAGGCUACCAAGAGUGGCUGAUGACGUAUCCGACGUUUACAACGAAUUCCAAUGUGGCUGUGCCCGAGUUCAACGACGUCGCGAACGAGAUUUUGGAUUUCAUUCCGAUUGAAUAUCCGGAUUGGUUGCAUUCGGAUGAAGAGAACGAGGACUCGACGAAAGCGCAGAACAAGCCGAGCAACGCGGCGACUGCCGUCAAGGACGUGGACAUGGAAAUGGAUCACGGUGACAAGAAGUCCGCGGCGUCGAAGCACGCCAGGUCGAACAGCAACGACGUCGUCUCGCCGGCCAAGACCAAGAAUUUCACUAGUCACGUGACGAUUUUGAUCGACGGCAAACAGUUGCCGUUCCGCGGCGAUGCCGCGAACGCGCAACAGUUUGAGAACCCGGACGCGCCAGCUGCUCAGCACAAGGCACCGUCGCAGAACGAGAUCAACGCGAAGCCCGUGAUCGAUCGGAGCAGCAAACCGGCCGCGCUGAAGACGUACGAUCCGCGAUGCAAGGAGGUGCUGAGAUUCAUGAAGGAGCUGAACGAGCUGGCGAAAUCCAAGUCUAAGUUGGCCGAAGAGCUGUUCAACCAGGAGUACGCGCUCUACUCGCUGCGCGACGACAAGUACAGCGCCAGCGACGAGCAGUACAUACGCACGGAUAUCAAAUCUCUGAAAGGCAAAUUGGACGAGAUGCACAAGAUGUACCUGACAGUCGAGAAUGAGUUUAACGUGUACUGCAAGGAGGCGGACGCGAUCAAAUUCAACCCCACCGAUGACAACGAGAAGACAAACCUCGAGUUCAAUCUCUCUCUGCUGAAAAAGAAAAUCAAAGACAUCGAGAGCGAUCGGAAGAAGUUGCAGGAAGAACUGUUAGUGAGGGAAUACCGGGAAAGAACGAAGCAAAAUGAAGUCGACGUUUACAAAGAACCACUGAGAAUCGAUGGUUCGUCCAUCAACAGCGGCUUGGAGCGCUCCUACUCGAGCCCGAAUCUCCUGCAGUUGGGAGAUCGUAAAGCACCUCGGGUAGAUAGAACUUCUAAGCCACGUAUAUCGCCUCGCAAUAAGAAUGGAUCUAUUGGGAAUGAAAACGUCAAAGUGUCUCCUCUUAGUUGGGGGAGUCGGGAGGAACGAAUGACUCCUAUUCACGGCAGUGUUCACCCAGGCAUAACCGGCUUGAAGAAUUUGGGCAAUUCUUGUUACAUGAACAGCAUCAUUCAGUGUCUGAGCAACACUACGAACUUGGCCAAGUACUUCACCGAUGAUUCGUACAUUGACGAUCUCACGAAUUACGAUAAUACGCAAGGCCAAGUCGUGGAGGAGGUGGCGCAAGUAAUUAAAGCGCUAUGGAGAGGCCAGUACAAAAGCAUCUCUCCUCACGACCUAAAGGGUGCGGUAGGGCAAUACAAGGUGCAAUUUGAGACUGAGGAGCAACAAGAUUCUCACGAAUUUCUCAUGUUCCUCUUAGAAUGGAUGCACGGUGAACUUAAGAAGGAAAUGAGAAUUCCGACACAAGCCUCGCUGUCUGGCGCGGAGAAGGAAUGGUACAAGUCGAUGAAUUACCAAAAAUCUAUGAUAUCAGACUUAUUUUUCGGACAAUUAAAAUCCACUAUCACGUGUUUAUUCUGCAAGCAAGCGAGUAUUACGUACGAGACGUUUAAUAGUUUAACAAUGUCUUUGUCUCAGUCCAAUCGAUGUACUUUAAAUGAAUGCAUGGACAAGUUCGUGUCGGGACAGAAAGUGAACGGAUGGAAGUGUCCAAAGUGUCAAACGCCUCGUGACGCCAUAAAGAAGUUCGAUUUUGUCAAGCUCGCGCCUAUCGUCGUGAUUCACUUGAACCGUUUUGGCGAGAACGGCGGCUGGUUCGAAAAGCGCAACAUCGCCGUAGAUUUUCCCCUCGUGGGCUUCAAUCUGAAGCCCUACCUCGUCUCGGAGAACAGGGAAAACACGAUACCAGCGAACAACAUUCGCAAUUACAAUUAUACCCUGUACGCGAUGUCGAAUCAUUACGGGACGAUGGAAGCCGGCCACUACACGGCGUUCUGCAAGAACGCCACUCAGAAUAAAUGGUACAAGUACGACGACCAGACUGUCACGGAGGUGUCAUCCAGCCAAGUAAAGUCUCAAAACACGAGUGCCUAUCUACUGUUUUACACAUCAUUCCCGAACAAGAUUAUGUAGUAUGAGGACACGUCCGGUCAGUCCGACGUGAUCAAGAUUCAAUCGUGACGAAAGUCUUCAGUGUGACAUCACUUAAUGGAUUACACAGAAAUGUGAUUUUCGACGCUCUGUAGAUAUUAAACAAUUCUAUUUUGUAUGAUAAAUUCUGUGCACGAGCGAAAAAUCGUAUAGGGGCUGUGACGGCACUGAAAGCUUUAUCGGUGAUGGCAUUCGUUAACGAUAUAUGUAAAUAUGUACGAUGGUAUGUACUAUGGCAAUUUCCCUGAUUUUCCAUUGCAGUCUCGCAUCAGAGAGAGAAAGCGAGAUAUAGUUGUGUUCGAGAAUAUUUUAAUACGUUGUAUAGCUUCAUAUAAUUAUUAAUUGAUCGAUAUACAGAGAGAUUGCAUAAAGUGAUAAUGUUACUUACAAAGUUUGAGAGUACAUAGAAAGUUCCUCGUGUAACAAUCUUUUCUGCUUUCCUGCAAACAAUUAAAAAAAAAUAUUGAGAUAAUCGAAAAGUGAAAAAAUUUAAUCGCGAAAAUUGCAAAAAUGUUUAUACUUUAUGUGUGCAUAAAAUAACAAUGAUGUACUGUAUAAAGUCAAAUAUUUUAUAUUCGCUUUUGAUCAUCUUGAAUAAUUUUACACGCAGGAUAAAACAGGAGAGAAAUACAUUGUAUGUAAAAUGAUUCUUUAUUCUUUCGAAAAUUUUUUGCAACCGAUCUCCCAUUUGACUGGAACGUUCGUGUGAACAUACUUGUAUGUAUUUUCAACUUUUGCGAACGAUUGUGUUUACGUAUGCGUGUAUGUAUGCGUCAAUCUAUGCGAACGAAUAGAUGUAUAAUGUAUAAUUACAUCCUGUAUCCCUAGAUAUAGUAGACAAAGAUUAUACUUAUGGCAAUAUUAUUUUUUAGCAAUGUUAUCUCGCAGCAUCGUGUGUUAGUUAAUAGUCGGAAGUUGAUUUUGUUCGCUUACGCGUACGUCGAAAGCGGAAGCGGAAGGGGCCAUAGUUCCUUGCCUUAUCUCAGCGUCAACUUACGAAUGAAAUAAUCCGUGGAAUUCGAGUUUUUCAAGUCUGUCGUGUUUGUAACGUCAUAUUUUGCACAAAUCGUCUUGGAAAUUGUAAACGAGAAGGAACGGUGUUGUUGGCUGAUGUAAACUAGCUGAUGUAGAUAGCAUACGUACACUUUAGAUCGACUAGCAGCAUUAACUGCCUCCCGCGCUGCCAGUAUUGUUGCGACUCGACUGUUUUCUACUUGAUAACGAUACGCUUCACUGGAGAACGCGAGCCCCUCGAGGAAGGGAAACGGAGUUACGUGGGCAACCCCGUUGCGCGAGCACCGCACGAUCGAUUGCGAGCAGCCCAAAGAGUUACGUUUCGCGAACGGUCCCCGAAUGUAACGUUUUGAUAUUUGGAAAAUUGUGUCAAUGAACGAGAAUAUAACGUGUAAUGCCUAAGGUUCUCGAGUGCAAGUCGAUGUACUCCGUUGUGUUGUGCGUUCGGUAUCGCCAGCGUGUGAGAAGCAAUUUACACUCACGGACUCUAGAUUUUCAAAGAACUUUACGCCAGACUCUCAACUCAGCUAGUUUGUCACGCGCAUUAUUGCCAUAUACGAUAUAUUUUAUCGUUACCUACGAGACGUUACGCGACGUCUGAUGUCACGAUAAUAAUGAUGUUGAUGGAUAUUAUUAUGUUAAUAACAGCAAUACACAACUCUGUGCAAUGUACUUUUUUUCUUUUUUUUUGGUCGCUCCCUCUUGUGUGUCAGUAGCGAGUGUAGCUGCGUGCGGUAAUUGUUUCCACGUUUCUUAUUCUGCACUUUGACGUUGCGUUCCAUAUAGUUUUGCCAUUACAAUGUUUAAUGACCGACGUGCUGAUACUUUCGAGUAAUCGAAGAAACAAAAAAAAUGUAAUCAACUGCCAGGGAGAGCGGGACGUCCAGCAGGAUGUCCUGAGGGGGACUCGCUGCACUAUUGUCUAAUAGUCUUUUAAUGCUGAUUUAUAUCUGAACACGAUUGCGAUACGAAGUGUGCGAAUUGCUUAAUCGCCAAUGCGAAAUCUCAAACUUCUGCAAACAUGUGUGAGGCAAGAAAAUCGACUUUUCCAAAUGAGCAUAUUUCAAUGUAUUUUUAUCAAUCUCCAUGUAUACAUCUGAGAAACGAGUCUCAUUAAAUAUUUCUAGAUA